GCUAUUCCCUGUCUUACUCUUCCGUAGCAUUAUAUAUAGGACGCAUAGAACACCUUAUAAAGCGACAGCGAUGUGCUUAAGGUUUUAUGCGUGUGGCCAUCAGCGAGCAGUGCUGAUAAUGCUGUGUCUGGUGACGCUGCUGCAUGUUACAUCGCUUUUCGUCAAUAUUCGCAGUCUAUGGGACAGAGCCCCACCACAAGCAGGCUUCAUCGCCCAGCCAACCCUGGACGUCCUAACACGAAGCCAGACCCUCAGACAGCAUGUGAGGAACGCCUGCAAGGCACUUGACUUCAAGGAAAGCAAGAAGCAGAGCGUCACAUUGCCAUAUCUGAUCUACGACGACACGCAUAAGGCGAUCUACUGCUACAUACCCAAGGUUUCGUGUACGAGUUGGAAGAGAGUGUUCCUGACGACGACUGGGAAAGUGGCGCCGGGACAAAACAUCACCGAAAAUAG